AUAUUCAAAUAGUUGCAAAUAACCUGCCAAGGUAUUACUCAUACGGUCUCUUGCCUCACCCACUUUUUUAACAGCGAACCAGCGUGUUAAAACCAUGUCUUGGUUCCUUCGGUUCUUCUGGUGAUUUUGCCAUAUAUCUGGAUUGUUUUUCUUUUUGUGGAAAUUAUGCGUGCUUGUGCGUGUUCGGGUUCUGAUUGUGUGUGAAAAUGUUUUUAAAUCUUUGGCGAAAUUGUAAAUUUAAAUGAUUUUUCCUUCCAAUGGCUUUUAUCGAAAAGUGCUUUUGCUGUAGUUUGCCGAUUGCUUGUGGAUUUUUUUCUGCCUAUUUAUUGAUUGCUUAUUUGAUUGCUUUCGCCUUCGAGUUGAUAUGGAUCAUCUUGGAAUCUUCAAAAACGCUUCCUGCAGCUGCAGUCUUACUUUCAGCCGGUUACUUUGCUAUGAGCCUGUUUGCCGCAUUACUUCUGCAUGGAUUGGCUACGAAAAACACUCUAUGCCUGGUUACUUGGAUGUUUGCCGUAACAAUCCUCACAUUUCCCGAGGCAGGUCUGGUAAUUUACAUGAGUGUCGACCAUUGGGGCGUAGCUCACAUUUACGGAAUCACCGAGCUCACUUGCUGGCUCUUGCGAAUAAUCGUCAACCUAAUCCAGAUAGUCCUGAUCCAGUCGCUUUACUCCCUGUGGAAGGAUGACGAUUUGAUGGUCAAAAGGAUGCAAACACUUGGAGGGAUGGGAAUGAAUGGGGAAAAUGGCUCCACGCUCAACAGCCAGUAUUACCAGAACAAUGGCUUCGAAGUGGAGGGCGGCGACCAGCUGGAUGGAGGCUUAAAGAGGUAUGGUUCCAUGCCCCAUUUAUGGAGCAACCUGCAUAUGAUGCCGCUGCAAGUUCCCUAUCACUUUUCCACCACAAGUAGCGAAUUUAACGCCAGCGUUUACGUGCCAGGAGUGGAAAAUCCUGAUACAAUCGAUAAAAAAUCCCAUUCGCUUAUGGAUCUCCGGCUUCUGGACCAUCCCUCUAAUAUUAGUUACGCCCAGCAAUGGCUUUCGGGCUCAAUAAACGACCCUAACAGUCUACUGAUGCAACCGACUGUCUACGGGGAAAAACCACCAAAAAGAGCCAUGUCAGAGAUCAAUUAUUCCACCGUUCCUUCGAAGCUAUCGCGAUGCAAAUCAGUGGAUACUCUGGAUGGGAGCAAAAGCAGCCAUAUAAUUAGGAACCGGUCAGGGUUUUAUGCCCAGCCCAUGGAAAACUACGGGGUUCCGAUCUAUUACGGCCCUUUGGAUGGGCCGGAUUUUCUCAUCUACAAAAAGCAGCUGGAACGGCUCAAUAGCAGGAACUCGCUCAGCAACAAUUCAGCUGAUGAAAUUUCCAAGUACCGCGAUGUGGCUUUGUAGUAUUUUUUUAGAGACGAGUUGGAAACUAAUCUAUGCAUUAGGGUGGUAUUUAUAGGUUCCCAUUGCUGGACAAAUGCUGGCAGUGUUUGUGCAAUUUUCACUUCACAGUUGAGUUUCAUCCUCGAUAAAGUACUUAAACAUUACAAACGUCUAGACCUAAGUAAAAGUUUUACAUCAGGCAUGUUUUUCUAGAUAUUCAACAAUAUGCUCUGCAGUAACAAGUUGCAAAGUUGCUGAUAUUCAGUGGCUGUGAUUGUUGGUUCAAGUCAGCAACACACUUUAUAUUGUGGCGCAUCCAAUAAGGUUGUUUGCAAUAUGUUGAGACAAAUCUCUUUGUACAUAAACCCCGUCCUUUAAUCAUGAAAGAAAAUUGCACCACUUAAAACAAACUGUAAAUAACACUAUUCUACUAAGACGCUUUCCCACGUUGUUAAUUGAAGAUUAAUAUAUGAUGUUUUUAACAAAAAACCGGUGUUUUGGGCAUGUUUACCUUCAGUCGGUCGAUGAGCCCCAUGGAGGCGUCAUGGGGGCAGGAUUC